AUGAUGUACACAAUGAUGUGCAAAUGUCGACCCUUUAGAAGUCCUGAAGACAUGAUGCAUGGCAGUCUGAGUUUUAACGUUAGAGUAUCCACAGAAUUGCAGAACUUGAUAAGUCGCUGCCUGACUGUUGACCCAACUAAGAGAGCGACUACUGAGGAGAUCCUACAGCAUAAAUGGUUUCAGCGAGGACAAAUGUCAGGAGUAACUCCAAAUACUAUACCAUUUGAUGAGAUUUAUGAGGUGGGAGAUAAGCUUGGACAAGGAAGCUUUGGCACUGUGUACGAGGGGACUUCAAAAAUUCAACGCAAGAAGGUUGCCAUCAAAAUCAUCCUCAAGUGUAAAAGAGACCGUUAUAUUGAACUACCUGGCUGUUCAAAGCCACUGUUUGCAGAAGUGGCUGCAAACCUGCUGCUGAAACAGGCUCCAUUAAGCCCCUACAUUGUGUACAUGCUGGAAUGGUUUGAAGAGGAGGAUCGGUUCAUCCUCAUCCUGGAACAUCCGGAACCCUGCAAGGACUUGCUCAGAUUUGUGGUUCACAACAUGCAUUGGCCGAACGAAUUACAGACACGUAGCCUGAUGUAUCAAGCGGUGCUCGGGGCCAAGCACUGUCUUGACCGAGGUGUCUUUCACCGGGACAUUAAGUUGAAUAACUUUCUGAUCAACACGACGACUAACCGAGUCCAACUAAUAGACUUUGGCUGCAGUGACCUGGUCAAAAGUACAGGCUACUUGGGUGGUUUUAUAGGAGGAGUCUGCCCGCCUGAAUACUACAAGGGCUUAGGAUACAAGGCAGAGCCAACAACCGUCUGGUCUCUGGGUGUAAUGAUGUACACAAUGAUGUGCAAAUGUCUGCCCUUUAGCAGUCCUGAAGACAUGAUGCAUGGCAGUCUGAGUUUUAACGUUAGAGUAUCCACAGAAUUGCAGAAUUUGAUAAGUCGCUGCCUGACUGUUGACCCAACUAAGAGAGCGACUAUUGAGGAGAUCCUACAGCAUAAAUGGUUUUGUAAAGGGAACCCGAACUGGAUCCGAAUACCAGUGAAAAAUGGCGGUUUUGACUUCUGUGAAUUCAUUAAGGAAGACGGUGAUAAAGCUGGUAAGAAGCUGGUAAACAUCCUUGUGGCUGAUAUGGUAGAGAAGUAUGGUCGUACUGUGAAGAAGAAACUCUUACAGCCAGAGAAGGGAUGUGAUGGAGAAGCUGUGAGUAUAAGUCAUGAUGUUGAUGGAGGAGUGGCAGCACCUCAAGUGGACAUGUCAGUGGCAGAAUUGGCAGAUCUGCUCAGAGCUCACAUGGCGAGGAUGGAUGGCUGGGAGGCUGAGAGACAAAAGGAGCAGGUGGUGCAGGAACUGCGCUUCAAGGCUCUCCAGCACCAGUUUGGAUUGUUGCAGAUGGAGGUCCAAGCAGGCACCACUCCGGCCCCUCUUCAACAUGGCCGAGAAGUUCGGGUGGACACGGGAUGGCCAGAAGCCAACCCCACUGAUACGGAUGAAGUGUCAAGGAUUCACAGAAGUCCUGACCAGGCAGAGGGACCGGUGAGUUUGCCCCUCACACAAAUGCCCAGGCUGGAGAAGCUGGGAGAAACGGAUGAUGUGGAGCACUUUCUGGUCACGUUUGAACGGAGCUUGUAG